UAGGCAAUGUUUUGGUUUUGGCUGCCUGCGGCAUUAAAACAUACUUUUCAUGCGGAUUUUACGACAAUUUAAAAGCAUUCUUCGUUUGGCAAGUUGUGAAUGUUACAAGUUAAAGGGCUACUAAACUGUUGCCAUUGAAAUAACAGUCGGAAAAAGAGUGCAUUUGUGUGGAGUGCUUAAGAGGGCGCACGUGUUGAUUUACUUGUUGUUGUUACACUUUUAGCGGUGCGUAGACAACCCAAGUCGGCGGCAAGUCGGCGGCUGUAAACAAUUCUCGUGGCUGUCGAAAAUGCAAAGCCCCAAGUGCCUGCGAAAUGCCCAGACCCAGCACGGAGAUGCCUUGUCGGUGGACGUGGAUAACAUAUUUCUGCACCGGUUUAUGCUGUCCACAAACGCGGCCUUAGGAUCUGGUCCAAGCGACCAAGAUCAGUCGGCCGAAUGUGUUUGGUUUCCGGAUGAAACGGCGGCAGAUCCGACCAUCAACUCAGAUCCCCCGAAUUUGUUAUUAGAAGAAAAGCCUGAAGUACCACAGUUGCCGGAAAAACGAAAGGCGAACACCUCAGAAGACGAAGGCAAUGCGAAAAAAGUAAAACUGGAUGCCAAUGGGCUCAAGACUAAGCGUCCCGGAUUUAAUGAAGAAAGAUACGAGGAAACAUCGUACUAUUUUGAAAAUGGUCUGAGAAAGGUGUAUCCCUAUUUUUUCACAUUCACUACGUUCGCCAAAGGACGUUGGGUCGACGAAAAAAUCCUGGAUGUGUUCGUCCGUGAAUUCCGGGCUGCUCCUCCCGAAGAAUAUGAGCGCAGCCUGGAGGCUGGAAAACUGACAGUUAAUUACGAAAAGGUGCCCAAGGACUAUAAAAUCAAGCACAACGAUCUGCUGGCCAACGUCGUGCAUAGACACGAAGUCCCUGUUACUUCACAGCCCAUCAAGAUAGUGUACAUGGACAAGGAUAUUGUGGUUGUGAAUAAGCCGGCAUCCAUACCGGUGCAUCCGUGUGGGCGGUACAGACAUAACACAGUGGUUUUCAUUCUGGCCAAGGAGCACAACCUGAAAAACCUGCGAACAAUUCACAGACUGGAUCGACUGACGUCUGGGCUUCUUUUGUUUGGGCGCACCGCCGAAAAAGCCCGCGAAUUGGAGCUGCAAAUACGAACUAGACAAGUGCAGAAAGAAUACGUGUGUCGCGUGGAGGGACGUUUUCCAGAUGGAAUAGUUGAAUGCAACGAGAAAAUAGACGUGGUGAGCUACAAAAUCGGUGUUUGCAAGGUUUCACCGAAGGGCAAGGACUGUAAAACUACGUUUCAAAGAAUCGGUGAAGUGGGAGAUGACAGCAUUGUUUUAUGUAAACCACUUACAGGACGCAUGCAUCAAAUAAGAGUGCACCUACAAUAUUUGGGUUUUCCUAUUUCAAAUGAUCCUUUGUACAACCACGAAGUCUUUGGACCUUUAAAAGGACGAGGCGGAGACAUCGGGGGCAUAACUGAAGAGCAGUUGAUCAACAACCUAAUUACCAUUCAUAAUGCCGAAAAUUGGUUGGGUCUUGAAGGAGAACAAGCUGCGACAACGAAUAUCAACAGUGAACUUAAAACUACUUCAGCACUGGAGGUAUCAAUCGAUACAAAAGAUUCACAGCCCGUAAAUGCAGCAACAAACGAAUCAAUUAAUGAAGCUGCCACCCAAACUUGCUAUGAGGAACCAGACAGGUCUUUCGACCCAGAAAAGACAACAUCGGAUCCGCAUUGUUCUGAAUGCAAAGUCAACUACAGAGACCCUGGCCCAAAGGAUCUUAUAAUGUUUCUACACGCUUGGAAAUAUAGGGGCGUCGAUUGGGAGUACACAACAGAACUGCCAGACUGGGCUUGUAAAACGACUAUAAAUUAUGAUCAGUUGUGAACCAAUAAAUUCGCUUGACUUUUUAACAA